UUGUAAAGUUAAGGUUGGAUUGUUGACAGAUUCAUUUGUCUUGUAAAUGAAGACUUGCAGCAUAUUUUAAUUGGGCAGCAAAGCUUAUGUUAUUGCUAGAAAACUCUGCAAUUUUCGAUUUUUUAUAAUCCGGUUGCUUGUUCUUGUCUCGACUCGGGCUGGCUUGCCACAGCUCACGCUUCGAGGAAUUCAUCGUUCUUCUGUCAUUUUGUGUGGUAUCCAUAUUUAGCUCUGAUUCUUGGGUGGAUUCUGAGAGUUGCAGUUCUUAGGGGAAUGAAGUUCCAGACUUUCAGUUCUGCUCAGGAAAGAGCACAGCAGAGCUAUGGAUUUGGGAGGGAUUUUGGGUUAGAAAUGUUGAGAAAUCCUCACCAAAGUUUCGGGGCUCAACAACACUACUCCCCGGUCUCUCCCCCCGGGAUGGUGCAGUGUUUUGUGCCUGCAGAAGAGGCCUCGAUGUGCCAUCAGCAGCAGCAGCAGAAUGUUGGUUCUGCAAAUGCCUCGAGCACGAGCAGUAUCAUGCACCAGAUAGGAUCACUCGAGGCGUUUUUUGCGACCGAACAGUGUCUUGGAUUGUCACAGUAUGAUGAUGAAGAUGAGAACGGGUCCAAGAAUUUCGAUCAGCAAAUUGUGCCAUACCAGGGAAACGGGGGGUUGUUCGGGUACACCCAGGGGCAGACCGAGCCAGAUUUGCAGGCCAAGAACCUGGCACAAGCAUUCUUGAAAUCCCAGUUUUCUAAUGGCUCUGAGAGACUGUAUAGGAAUCCCCCUUUCUGCAAUCUGUCUGAGAAAGAAAGGAUUUUGCUGCUUAAAAAGAAGCUGUUUGAGGAUGUUCUUGAUGGUCCUCCAAUUAAAGGGCACCCUGCAAUCACCCUGGAUGGAAAUCAAGAUUAUGGUGUCUCUCACAAUCCAAAUGGUUCUCACCUUGCAAAUCUCAGACUACAUCACCCUGGAAACCCUUUAACAUGUCCCCCUCCCAAUUCUGCCUCCCCUGCAGGGUCCAUGUCCAGCAAAACAAGAAUCAGGUGGACUCAAGACCUCCAUGAUCGAUUCGUGGAGUCUGUGAAUCGCCUCGGUGGAGCCGAGAAGGCAACACCAAAAGCAAUACUGAAGCUAAUGGACUCAGAAGGCUUGACCAUCUUUCAUGUCAAAAGCCAUUUGCAGAAAUACAGAAAUGCAAAGUACAGCCCUGAAUCCCCAGAAGGGAAAUCUGAGAAAAGAAGCACCCUAAACAAUGCAUCAGAGAUUGACAGUAAAGCUGGUACUCAAAUCAAGGAAGCACUGCAGAUGCAGCUGGAAGUCCAACGGCGCCUUCACGAACAACUCGAGAUACAGAAAAAGUUGCAGAUGAGAAUUGAGGAACAAAGCAAGCAGUUGAAGAGGAUAUUUGAUCAACAACAGAAGACAACCAAGAGCUUGCUAGAUUCUCAGACUUCAUGCAUAACAUCAUCACCCGAGGAUGAUGAUCCAUUAAUCUCUCGUGAAGCUGAUGUCAGCUAGGGACCGAAACACACAAUGCAUGUUCACGUUUUCCAUUCCGUGCAUUGAGGGCAACGGGGAGUUCAACUUUGGCAAUGUUCAUUCAUCUAUCUGCAUCUUCAAUCGCGUGUCGAAAAGAGCUUCUUUGUUCACAACAGAUGAAAGAUGCAACUCUGCAGACUAUAUAUACAAUAUAUAUAGUUCAGAGUGGGUAUAAGUCUUCUGUUGGGGCUUGGGCUCUUCAAUAAAGGCUGCAUAUACUGUAACAUAUCAGAAUGUUAUAUAUACAGUAUACACAAUCAUCAUAGGAACAUUAGGAAUAAAGGGUGGCACUAAAUUUUCUACCAAAAAUUUUGCUAACUGCUAGGGUGGGAUGCCAAAUAAUACUACACAAUACUCCCGGGGCGGGACCAGUCUCGCUUGGUGUGACGGGUUGUAUUCUGAUUUGACAGACAACCAAAGAAGCAUGUCACGUUAAACGAGAUUUGUUUCACGCACUAAGAGUAUUUCAAGUAUUUUUCAAUGGCCACAUUAGCAUUUAGUGAAAUUUUUAGUAAAAAAUUGAUCCAUCUAUCACAUUUUCUUCAUAAAAUUAGUAUUGCUUGCAUUUGCAUUUGCAUUUUUUUAUACAACUCUAAUAUCAAGUGUUUUCCAUGUGUGUAUUGAGGAAUAAUAUAUUAGUUGUCUUUCUUUU